GUCAGUUGAUCCGGACGGCAACACAUAGAUUGCUCUGACUUUCGCGUGGGUCGGGAAGGUGUUUUAAUUUUGCAUGCAGUUUUCUUCUGUGCUUUGGAUAAUCGAUAGUGGCUUUUUGUCGCCGGAGGCAUCCAGGACUCAACAUGUUUGCUUCUUUGAUCCGGAGAUGCUUUCAAACUAACAAGAAGAUUGAGAAAUUGACAUCACUGUUUCCAAAUGAAUCAAGAAAAAUCACUACCCAUCAUUUAUCGAUCCCUAAUAUGCAAAGAAUUGCCUUGCACCAAAACAUGAAAUACUUGCAAAGAUCUUCACCUUUCUGGAUUCAGACGAGCUCUUUUUAUGUGUCCUCUCAAGCAUCCAAGAUGAAGAAAGUAGAGGAACCAGAGAAACGUGAAUUAGACUUGAUAAGAUAUGACUUUAAAGAACUGAAGAACAGUCCCAAACCUGCUCUCUAUCUUGGUUGUGGUGGAUUAAUUCCUUUUGUCUCAGCUCCUCUCUUUAUGGCCAUUACAGAAACGUAUUUCCCUGAACUAGCUUUUGCCCAAAUAGCAUAUGGAGCAACAAUACUCUCUUUCCUUGGAGGGACACGAUGGGGAUUUUCAAUUCCAGAAAACAGCCCUGCAAAACCUGACUGGCUGAAUCUGGGAAAUAGUGUGGUUCCUUCCAUACUUGCCUGGAUAGCCCUACUCUUUCACGAUAAUCUCACUGAGGCAGCAAUUAUGAUUGUCAUGGGUCUUGGUAUAGCAUUACAUUAUGACUUAAACUUACUCCCAGGUUAUCCCAGUUGGCUCAGAGCACUUCGAACAGUACUGACUGUGGUAGCAACAUUCUCUUUGAUUGCUUCAAUAAUAAUAAAAAAUACAUAUCCUGAGAAAAGGUUAGUUUGAAAGG